AUGCAGAAGGCUGUGGGCAAGGGCCAGGCCAAAGUCCAAGCUUUGCUUGGCAUGAUUUGGACAGUUGCCCUUGACCGUGUUGACCAGAGCGUGGGGAUUGACCUUGUCAGAAUGCAUUCGCCAAGCCAAGUCCUGCCCAAGGCCAAUGCCGCCACAAUCCUUUCCAGGAUGAGGCGAUGGGGUAUCUAUACUAGUGCUGAUCCGGGCUCCGCCGACGCAUAUGGAGGCCAAGAAGUGUACACUGGUUUUUCUCAAGUGCCGCUGAAAAUGUUGAUUACCUGCACAGAUGCUCUUCCUACCAAUCAUUUGGUCCAAGCUAUGUCCAUGCAAGACUGGCGCCGGAAGGCAGCAGCCGGGGAUUUCAACGCAGCCACUACCUUGCAUGUAAUGUUUACAUGCAUGCACCACGCCGCUUGCUUAGCCAAAAAGCCGGGCCUCCUUUCUGUUCCAAACUUGUGCUCGAAUAUGGUGAGGCUGACUCGGGCAAUGAAAUCUUCAAAAUUCCAAGACAACUUUGAGAAGGCAUUGGCUGGAAUCGCCGAGCGAAUAGACAGAAGGGUUGUCCCUGAACUUCCUUCGUCCGUGAAGACAUGGUGGGAAAACAAUGGCGCUCUGGUGAAGAUGGCUUUGAGUGGCUUGCCGCCCGAAUCCCAGGAAAUCAUUUUGGCUGUGUUUAAUGAUCCAUGGCGGUUCGAUCCCAAUACCUGGCGUGAUGGCUGCUUCGUGCAUUGGCGCACAGCAGGGUGUUGUCCAUCUGCAGCUGAAGCAAAAGUGAAAACCCGCGAAGCGCUGCGACGGCUCUGCGAGGAUUAUCCAGCCAUUCCACUGCUGUAUAGGUGGAAGCACUGGGAGCCAGCUCUCAAUUGGGCAAUCAGGGGAACCUUUUGCAAUGGUGUGCUGCAAUAUGCUUUGUCCAUGUGCUCUGAUGAAUCUUCUGUCGCAAAAUUUGCUGAUCUCGACCCUGACUCUCCAGAUUUGAGCUUUUCCCUCAAGCAAGAAGUUCGGUUGACAAAAUCAGUGGCUUUCUUGACCAGCGACAGCAUACGGCAAGACUUGGGUGUGUCAUUCUUGGUGUCGAAUCCGCUGGCCGAUUUCAUGGACCACGUCAGCUUUAUUGAGACUUCUCGGUCCCGGGUGAACCUGAAGGAGUGUGGCCUGAAGUUGCUCGGCUCCACGUCCGUCGCCACUGUGGAGUCACUGCGGAUCGUGGAGACUUUGGCCGAAUACUCGACGAUUCUCCAGGCUGUACCAGAUUCAGAACUAUUCGAUAUGUUUGGCCUGGAUCUCGGCACGGCUUUCCCACAUGUGUUUUGCACCAUGUGUGAUACAUGGCGCCGUUUGAGUCUUCCAAGUCAGCGUGGAUGGGUGCAAUUACUUGGGACCUUCUUUACAUCGGUGGAAGAUGCCUCAAACACCUUGCAAGGACUGGCUAUGGCUGAUCGUCCAUGCUGCCAUGGUGAUGACUGUACGAGGGUUGCGCUUGCUGUGACCAAUCAAGGCACGGAUUUGGCCAUGGUUGAAGAGCUUCUGAAAUUGUUUGGUGAAGCGCUCUACCAUUUGCCAGCGAGUUCAGUGAACGUUGAGAAAUUGUACGCCAACACCCAAAUCUUGUGCGCUGCGCACAAGGCCGGUAGGAAGCCAGCAACGAUUCAACAGAACACUUACAUUAUGAGUUGCAGUCAAGAACACCAAAAAUUCAAGGAAGAAGUGAUGUCAGAAACCUGUGGCAAAGUGAAGUUGACCUCAGCUCGGAAGGCUUGUGGCAUGGGCAAAACCAUGAAGCCUCUCCGUCGCAAGCGAAAGGUGACAGGGUAUUGUUUGUUCAUUCAAGAAAGAGUGAAAGGAUGCGGUCUCCGCAUUGGCAGUGCCGACUACAAAGACAAAGUGCGAGACGUCACCUGCCAGUGGCGAGCAUUGCCUGCAGGCGAAAAGAGCUUGUUUGAGCAGAUGGCAAUCAGGCAACAAACCGAGCGCCAGGCCAUGACAAAAGCUCAGCGCAAACGGCUUUUGCAAGCCCGCCUUGACAAGUCUUUGGCAGCUGCUGCAGACCAUUCUGUUUGGAACUACGGGCUUUCUUUGGGAAAUUUGAAUGCGGCCUUGCGGCCUGAACUUGUGGACGAGACCGUUGAUUUCAAUUCUGCUGCGGAGAAGCUCCGGGAUUUCUUUGAUUACGAUGAUGUCAUUCAGCAGAACCCGCUAGAGAGCCCAAAGCUCUUCAGGAGUUGCCAGGAAAGGCACCCCGGCCUUUGCGACAGCCACAGAGCAGCUUCCUUUGUCGUUCAGAUGGCUGAACACCUUCAGCAACAUUUGGAAAAGCAGAAGACCAAUUUACCUGCCUUGUGCUGCUUUCGGUUUUCCAUCAGCGCCGGUGCGUCAUCUUCUUCCUCGAAGCCAGCAUUCUUCAGAACUUGGUAUAUGCUGGGUUGCGUUAGAAAGAAGCCCCUUUGCCAUGUGUUCGCGCCCAUGGACCCAUUCCCUGCUGUGGAGAAAGGUUUGGCUUUUCAGGUUUGUGCCCGAACGGGCUGCUUGAAGCUUUGUACCUCCUACAGCAUCUUGGUAGCUUCCGUUGAUGAGGCUAUUGGGCUCGGCGCCAACUAUGAAGAUUUGGCCUUCAACGUCUCAAUCCACCCAUUCCACAUGGAAUCAUAUCUCCAACAUCCGAACCUUGCCAUUUACAAACAGCAUUUGGCCGAGUUCUGGAUUGGGAAAGACUGCGACCCGCCCAGCUCUGCCAGACAGGCCAAAUCAAAAGAGAUCAUUGCUUUACCCUUUGGAUUGGAGAUUUCGCAAAAGCCGAAGUCCAAGAAGCGGGCAGUUCCAGAGAAAGAUGUUGAUUUUGAGCAACCGGGGCCCAAGAAGCCAAGGGGAACACGACAGAAGAAAGGCGAUCAGACCAAACAUGAUGAAAAUGAAGCGCCAGCCAGCGCAAACACAGGGACAGGCAAGGAAAUGGAUGGCGAUGCGAAUGCUGCUGGUGAUGAUUAUGGAACAGUUUUGUCAUCUUCGCAAAUGGAGCAGCUGAAACUAGCCAUGCGUGCUGCGCAGGGCUUAGCAGAAGAUGAUGCCAUUUUGCAUAAGGAGGCAGCAGAUCUGGCAGAGAAGAGACAGAGACUCGGAGCCCAGGCCCGUUUCUUCCACAAGGCCACCGGGAUCAUAUCUUUGAAGGAAGCACAGCGUGCCAUGACUUGCUUCUUCUGCGCCAACCGCAUCAGCAAAGGAACCCUUCGGUUCGAAUUUGCGUUCCACAAGAACAAGCCCCAGCGCUCGAUCCAUACGGAAUGUACCCGGCAAAUGUCGCCAGGCUCAGAAGAGUUAAAAUCUUCUUUGGAGUGGUUGGAGAAGGAGCUGGCAAAUGGCAAUGCCGCCUCCCUUGAAAGGACAGCAAUCAAGGAGGCGUUGUCUGCUCUGCGGACGAUUGACACUUCAGUUUGA